AUGUGCAAACACAUCCGCAUGACAGCCAUCCGUUGGUUCUUCUCCCACACUCCCCUUCUCCCCCCCCCGUUUAACUCCCGCCCUCCUCUUCUCUCCCGCCACCCCCCUUCUCUCCCGCCCUCCCUUCCUCUACCGCCCUCCCCUUCUCUCCCGCCCUCCCCCUAUCUCCCGCCCACCCCUACUCUCUCCCGCCCUCUCGCCAUUCAUUCCCCCCCGCCCUCGAUGUUCAUCCAUACCCUUUGGACAACCCUAAACCAUGAGUCAUGCAUGAUCACGGAUGUCUCAUGCUUCCCCGCAUUCUCAUACAUGCGCGCAGGAGGGAAACAGCGGUCAGGAUUUGAGGCCUUCCGGGGGAAGGCUGAGCUUGAUGCCGAAACGAAGGACCUGAAGGAGGAAGAAAAGGAGGUGUACGACUCGGAGGACAUGGAGGAGGAUAAGGAGGAGGAGGAUGAGGAGGAGGAGGAGGAGGAGGAGGAGGAGGAGGAUGACGAGGAGGAGGAGAGAGGAGGAGGAGGAGGAGGAGGAGGACGAGGACGAGGAAAGUGGGGCAGGAGCAGAGGAAGAGGAAAAGGCACAAGAGACCUAGGGCAGGCGGGAGGGAUGAGGAAGAGGAUGAGAAACGGGGGGGGCAAGAUCUUAGGAAGGGCAGAAGGCACAAGGGGGGGAAAACCAGGGGAGGCAGGAGGGAAGCGGACGAGGAAGAGGAGAAGGAGAGGAGCUGGGGGAUAA